AUGACAGUCUCGCAAGCCGCGAAUCUGGUGGAGAAGAUUGUUGGCCAUGGUGAUAAUUCAUCGGUGACCACUGAUAUCAGUCAUUACGAUAAUGAGUAUGGAUUGGAAACUGGAGACAAAAUACUGGCAACCACUUGGCAGGGGAAGAACGCUGUGAAACUGGUGACAAUGCAGAAGCCAAGAGUUGUUGACUUGGGGGAUGUUGUUGUAAAGGUCACUGGUAGCACAAUUUGUGGAAGUGUUAUUCCUCAGCUACAGAAAGGCGAUGUUCUUGGCCAUGAAUGCUGUGGUAUAGUCGAGACAGUCGGGCCUAAGGCAACCAAGGUCAAAGCUGGUGAUCGCGUGGUUGUGUCGUUCCCAAUAGCUUGUGGAGGUUGCGGAAACUGUGUGAAAGAGAGGUACUCCCAGUGCCAAAGAACAAAUGAGAAUACCAUUGAAAAUGCGAUGUAUGGAAAGCGAACUGCUGGAAUGUUUGGAUACUCCCAUUUCACUGGCGGGUUUGCUGGCGGUCAGGCGGAGUAUAUUCGCGUUCCAUAUGGUGAUGUCAAUCUGCUCCAUAUUCCAGAUGAUGUACCUGAUGAGAAAGCUUUAUAUUUAUCGGACGUGAUUGCUACAUCGUGGCACUGUGUCGUAGAUACGGGUGUUGAGAAAGGUGACGUUGUUGCUAUUUGGGGCGGUGGCCCCAUUGGACAGAUGUGUGCUGAAUUUGCAUUCCUCCAUGGAGCCAGUCGAGUAAUUUUGAUUGACGGUGGUGAUGCAGCAUGGCGCCUGGAAUUUGUCAAAGCAAAAGUCCCCAGCCUUGAGACCAUUGAUUUUACUCGGUUGCCCCGUGGCCAUUCAGUGACAAGUCAGUUGAAGGAAAUGGUGCCAGAAGGGGUAGAUGUUGCACUUGAGUGCGCUGCAGGUGAAUACGCCAAAGGAUGGGCGCAUUAUUUUGAGCAGUUACUUGGGAUGGAAACGGACACGUCGGAAUUAUUGAAUGAGAUGAUCACCUCUGUUCGCGCAUUUGGACGCGUUGGAGUGACCGGUAUAUAUGCCGGAUACACGAAUCACUUCAACAUCGGUGCAUUGAUGGAGACAGGCGUGCGGCUUAUUGGAAAUGGCCAAGCCCCGGUUCACAAAUACUGGCAACGCCUGAUGGAUAUGAUUCAGCAAGGUAAAAUCAAUCCACUGGAUAUGGUCAGUCAUCGUCUUCGGUUGGAGGAUAUCGAAAAGGUUUAUGAGACUUUUGACCAUCGCAAUAGCGGUAUGCAGAAAGUCUUCCUGCAGACUAAACACUACAGUCCUUUUGCACCAAAGCCUCCAUCAUUAACUACACCUUAA